AUGGACGGGCCACCAGGUACUAGUUCCGCUAAUAAUAGUGGAUCGAUGGGUCCGCCACCGGGAAUGCCAAGCUUUCCUCCAAUGCCUCCGCCACCAGGUCCAAUGGGACCUGGAAAUAUGCCUCCACCCCCUGUUGGACCUCCAGGAAACAUGCCUCCGGGACCUAUGCCUCCAGUUAGUUCCACAGGUCCCCUUAAUAUGCCACCACCCGGAAUGGGGCCGCCACCGGGAAUGAUGGGUAUGGGUCCUCCGGGAAUGGGGCCGCCACCACCACCAGGUAUGGGACCUCCUGGUAUGGGAAUGGGUCCACCCCCAAUGGGUCCUCCUGGUAUGCCACCUCGAAUGCCACCUGGUAUGAUGCGUCCUCCUAACAUGAAAGGUAACUUUAACCAGGGAAUGGACAUGGGCCCACCUGGAAUGGGUCCUCCUCCAAACUUAGGUCCACCAGGAAUGGGUCCUAAUUUAGGACCUUGGGAAGGCCAAGGACCUCCAGGGUGGGCGCGACAGAGUAGAGGUGAUGGACCUCCGGGCUGGGAUGAUCAUGGUGAUGACGAAGAAGACAAUGAAAGAGAAAGUACUGACUCUGGCCCAUCUUCCGGGGCAUCUUCACUACCAUCACUAUUGACAAUGAAGAUUGAUACACCAGAAGAAUUUAGAAACAAACCACCAGCACCUGUAGGAGGUGUGGUCUUACCAAAAGCUCUUGAAGAAGCUCUUGCCUAUAAAGACCAAAGGCAAGCCGCAUUAGGAAGUGAAAAAGAAAAUGAAACAAGUAAGCAAAUUGAAGCACCCCCGGCGCCAGUGAUAAGUACUGAAUAUGAUGCAGAAGAGGAAGGAGAAUCAGACGAGGACAACAUUCCAGAAGCACCUCAACCACCAGUUAUUUCUAAGCAAGAGGCUCAAGCUGGCAAGACCAACAAAAAUAAGCGUAAAAAGAAAAAGAAGAAGGUGGCCAAACAGAAACGUAAGGAGUCAAAAGAAAUGGAUACUUCAAACAAAGAUAGCUCCCAGAAAACUAGUGACAAGGAAAAUGAAAAAGAAGCUGAAAUUGAAUAUGUUCAAGAAAACAUUCAGUUCCAUGAAUUAGAGCCGAUGUACAGACAAUUCCACCGUAUAUUAGAGGCUUUCAAGAUAACGGAAAAGAAAGAAGAUAUUAAAGAUGAGCCUGGCAAAGACACGCCUAAACCCAGCAGCAAGCCACAGGAAAAAGUUACAGAUCAGUUUGCAGCAGAUGAAGAAGCUGUAGAGAAACAUGCAGCAGAUGAAAAGGAGCGUCUCUCGAAGCGUAAACUGAAGAAGCUGUCCCGCCUGUCCGUGGCCGAGCUGAAGCAGCUGGUGGCGCGGCCCGACGUGGUGGAGAUGUACGACGUGACGGCGCGCGACCCGCGCCUGCUCGUGCAGCUUAAAGCGCACCGCAACACCGUGCAGGUGCCCCGCCAUUGGUGCUAUAAGCGGAAGUACUUGCAAGGCAAGCGCGGCAUAGAGAAGCCGCCCUUCGACUUGCCGGAGUUCAUCAAGAAGACGGGCAUCAUGGAGAUGCGCGCGUCGCUCCAGGACAAGGAGGAGACCAAGACCCUGAAGGCAAAGAUGCGCGAGCGCACGCGCCCCAAGCUAGGCAAGAUCGAUAUCGACUACCAGAAACUGCAUGAUGCCUUCUUUAAAUGGCAAACCAAGCCUCGUAUGACAAUCCACGGCGAUCUCUACUACGAGGGCAAGGAGUUCGAGACCCGGCUGCGGGAGAAGAAGCCCGGCGACCUGUCGGAGGAAUUGCGCACUGCGCUCGGCAUGCCGGUGGGCCCCGGGUCCCACAAGGUUCCGCCGCCGUGGCUGAUCGCGCAGCAGCGCUACGGGCCUCCGCCCUCGUACCCCAACCUCAAGAUCCCGGGGCUGAACGCGCCCAUCCCCGAGGGCUGCGCCUUCGGCUACCACGCCGGCGGCUGGGGCAAGCCGCCCGUGGACGAGACCGGCAAGCCGCUGUACGGCGACGUGUUCGGGCACCAGAGCAGCGGACAGGACGAUGCUGAAGAUCAAGACAUUGAUAGGACGAUGUGGGGAGAGCUGGAAUCUGAAUCUGAGGAGGAAUCAGAAGAAGAGGAGUCGGACGAUGGCGAGGCGGUGGGCGAGGCGGAGGCGGCGGCGGGCGCGGCCACGCCCGGCGAGGGGCUCGUCACGCCGCUGGGCACCAGCUCCGUGCCGCCCGGCGUCGAGACGCCCGACACCAUCGAGCUGCGUAAGAAGAAGCUGGACUCUGACGUUGAAGGUGGCGACACUCCAGCGCUAUACCAGGUGCUGCCGGAGCGGCGCGUGGGGCUGACGGCCGGCAUGAUGGCGUCCACGCAUGUAUACGACAUCAACGCGGCUAAUCCCGGUAAACGUGCAGCAGCGAGUACAGGCACGACCAGUGAGGCGGCGGGCGGUGUGGAGGUGACCUUGGACCCGUCCGAGCUGGAGCUGGAGCCCGAGGCGGUGGCGGCGCGCUACGAGCGGCACCUGCGGGAGCACCGCCCCAAGGGCCGCGAGGACCUGUCCGACAUGCUGGCUGACCAUGUUGCUAGGCAGAAGAAUAAACGGAAGCGUCAACAAAAUACCGAUUCCAAGCAAGCGAAGAAAUAUAAGGAAUUCAAGUUU